GCCAACCCAGCAGUAGAGUACGGUGGCACGGCUGCUCAGAUGUGAAUGUGUGUUAUUUAAUCACAUCCAGCGACUUCAGAGUAAAAUGGAGAACGAUAUUCUGGAUUCCUUGGAGGACCUAGGGUACAAGGGUCCACUGCUGGAGGAUGGAGCAUUGGACCUGGCAGUGAACCUAGGGGCUGCUUCCCCAGAGUUCACCAAGCUGUGUGCCUGGAUUGUCUCAGAGCUGAAGCUCUACUGCAAGCUGGAGGAGAACGUGCAUGCCACAAACUGUCCCAGUGAGGCAGAGGGGUUCCAGUUGGAGAUGAGCGGCCUGCUGGGGGAGAUGGCCUGCCCCUACUCUGUCCUCACCACAGGCGACGUCACCCAGCGCCUGCUCCACAGGAACAACUGCCUUCUCCUCCUCACUUUCCUGAUUUCUGAGCUGGAGGCCUCCAAGAUGAUCCUGGUUAACAGGCCACAGAAGAAGGUUCAGGAGGGUGGGGGCAGUGACAUAUUUUUGGAGCUGAAGGGCAUAUGCAUGGCUUUAGGCAUGUCCAAGCCCCCUGCCAACAUCACAAUGUUCCAGUUCUUCAGUGGCAUCGAAAAGAAGCUGAAAGAAGCCUUGGCAAAGGUGCCCCCAACCCACGUAGGAGCCCCCCUACUGAAGAAACCACUUGGACCAGUCCACUGGGAAAAAAUUGAAGCUAUCAACCAAGCACUUGUGAAUGAAUAUGAUGUCAGAAGAAAGAUGUUGCUGAAACGUCUGGAUGUGACCGUCCAAUCAUUUGGCUGGUCGGACAGAGCCAAGACUCAUGCUGAAAAGCUGGCCAAAGUGUACCCGCCGCUUCGCGCGUCACUGGCCCCAAAGAGCGCGGUGUCUGUUGCUCACCUCUUUGCCGCUAGAGAGGACCUCUCCAAAAUCCUGCGCACCAGCAGCGGGAAGAUCCGUGAGAAGACAGCCUGCGCCAUCAACAAGGUUCUGAUGGGCCGUGUACCUGACCGGGGCGGGAGGCCCAAUGAGAUUGAGCCGCCCCCUCCAGAAAUGCCCACGUGGCAGAAGAGGCAAGAUGGUCCCCAGGGAGGUGGUGGUCAACAAUACGGAGGCGGUGGUCAGCAGUACGGAGGUGGAGGCAGGGGAGGGGGCAGAGGCGGCUACGACCAGCAGUCCCAAGGGGGCCGCGGGGGUUAUGAGCGCGGGGGUGGGAGGGGCGGAGGAGGUGGCAGGGGCAGUAAAGUUCAAGGAGGCUGGUCAGAAGGAGGGGGAGGAGGAAGCGGUGGUGGUGGCGGCGGCGGCGGCGGUGGUGGUGGAUACCACGGCAAUUACCAGGAAGGAGGCAGUCACCAAGGAGGAGGGGGUAGGGGAAGUUAUGGAGGUGGGAGUUACCAGGGUGGGUUCCAGGGCCCGAGUUACCCAGGAGGGGGAUACCAGGGUGGGGGGGGUGGAAGCUAUCAAGGAGGAGGAGCUGGGUACCAACAGGAUAACCACUACCAGGACGGUGGUCGCCAUCAAGAAAGAGGUGGACGAGGAGGAAGAGGGGGCAGGGGCAGAGGUGGCCGGGGAGGACAGGGGGGAGGCUGGGGAGGGCGAGGUGGACAAAAUUUCAACCAAGGAGGGCAGUUUGAACAGUUCUUCCAGCAGGGUGGCUACCAGUAUAAUCAGGCAGGCUUUGGCCAAGGCAGGCACUACACAAGCUGAAAACAACCACCAAGUCAUCACAGCAGAGCUCACGCAGAGGUUCUUGUACACAAGAAAGACAGGAAAGAUGCCUUGCAAUUUCAGUGUGAAAGUACAGCAAAAGCUGCCAGUAGUUUUUUUUUUUUUUUUUUUUUUUUUGCUUGUAUGCUUUUAUUCAAGUGCAUUGAUGCAUUGAUCUUUUAGAGAAUCUGAAAUAAGGUUUGCACAAACACUGAAUGCCAAUAACCCGCCUCACUCCAGACAAGUCCCACUUAACUGUUGUCAGCUGUUUGAUCACAGUUUCAUUGAACAGACAGGUUUGGCGUUGAUGGUUCCUAUGCAAUCAUUACAUAUGCAUUCUGCUUUGUAUAUGAGACAAUUUAUCCUACUGGUUCUUCACUGCAGGGCCCCUGAAGCUAACGGAUACCUACUUUGUGUUGCUUGACAGCUGGAACUAAUGCAUGAACUCUGCUGUAAUAACUUCAGGUUGAUACUGGCAAGCCUUAUCUUGAGAUUAUUUGAAAAAGAGCGUUGUAAUCUGAGUCCAGAGGUUCGGUGUGUUACAUCAGUGCGCUUUCUGGCAGAGGCACUACAUGCACAUUUCAGAAGGUCUUUAGUUAACUGAAUUUGUGCAGUCCAUCCUAUAGUUUUAUUGAAAAUGAAAAGUACUUGAAAGAGUUUUUUUUUUUUCCUCAGUGGGAUUUGCUUUAACCACAAGUUUACAUUGUUGGAUUAAUUGAAAUACACGGAAGGAGUUGUUGGGGGAAGCACCACCAUUCUGGAGAUGGCAGAAUGCUGUUUUGCUGUUGCAAAUAGCCUUGACUGACUUUUCUGGUAUGUUUUUGGUAAAAAAAAAAAGCCACGUGACGCUGCUUUUUGGCAACAUUGUGUACAUACGUUAUUAGGAAAUGUUAAGACUGAAAGUGUGUCAAUUAAAAGUGAGCAAUAAAAAAAGAAACAAAA